AUGUCCUCCACGGGAAUCGACCUUAUUGCCAGCCCAGGAGACCAUGAUCAGGAGAAGGGGGGCUUAUCAUCUUCUCUCAGCAAUGGUGGCACCGACGAAAAGAAAAGGGGCCCCCUUUCAUCGCCGUCGCUCUCCGGGUCCCAGGUAGAAGAGCAUAGCAUGAGACGCCAGCUCAAGUCUCGUCACAUUCAACUUAUAGCCCUCUAUGUCCAGAUCGGCCGUGGUCUCCUCCAAGGUGGACCCGCCUCCCUCUUCCUCGCCUUCACCAUAUGGUGCUCCUUCAUCCUUGCCGUGACGCUCUGCAUGGCCGAGAUGGUGACCUACCUUCCCAUUUCCUCGCCAUUCAUCCGACUCGCCGGCCGUUAUGUCGACGAAGCCUUUGGUUUUGCCUGCGGGUGGAAUUUCUUCAUCUUCGAGGCCGCGCUGGUGCCGUUUGAAAUUGUCGCCUGCAAUGUUAUUUUGCAUUAUUGGAAAGGCUCUGAGAUUGUACCCGCUGGAGGAAUCAUCGCCAUUAUCAUCUGCUUGUAUGGGUUGAUCAACGUGCUGGCUGUGCAGUGGUACGGAGAGGUCGAGUUUUGGGCUGCGCUGGGAAAAGUGCUGCUCAUUAUUGCCCUCUUGAUCUUUACCGUGGUGGUAAUGUGCGGUGGGAACCCGACCGGAGACAGGUUUGGGUUUCGAUACUGGAGCGAUCCAGGCGCCUUUGCCGAGUUGUACCACACAGGAGACUUGGGGAGAUUUCUAGGAUUUCUGCAGUGUUUGAUCCAGGCAUCGUUCACCAUAGCAGGGCCGGAUUAUGUGAGCAUGGCAGCCGGGGAGGCGGAAAACCCGAGAGUGGUGAUGCCCAGGGCUUUCAAUGCUGUGUUUUACCGGCUAACGACAUUCUUUAUGCUCGGAAGUUUGGCGGUUGGUGUUCUCGUGCCAUACACUGACGAGGAGAUGAAGAUAGCAUUCUCGACGGGUGCACCGGGCGCAGCUGCAAGCCCAUAUGUUAUUGCGAUGAACCGGCUGAACAUCAGGGUGCUGCCGGAUAUUGUCAAUGCUAUGGUCCUGACGGCGGCCUUCUCGGCGGGAAACAGCUAUGUCUAUUGCGCCUCAAGGUCUCUUUACGGCAUGGCGCUAGAGGGGAAGGCUCCAAAGAUAUUUACAAAGGUCACAACUAAGGGAGUGCCUCUGUACGCCGUCUUGGUAGUUUUGGGAAUCUCGCUCUUGAGUUUCUUGCAGGUCUCAAACGAUGCCGCAGUGGUGCUUCAAUGGUUUGUGAACUUGGUCACGGCGAGCCAACUGAUCAACUUUGCCUGCAUGUGUGUGACGUACCUGCGGUUCUACUAUGGGAUGAAGGCUCAGGGGUUCAAGAGAGACGACCUGCCGUACAAGGCCAUGUUGCAACCUUAUGCGGCGUGGUAUGCGCUGAUCGGGACGUCCGUCAUGACAUUUGUCGGAGGGUACACGGUUUUCCUGCCCGGAAAGUGGGAUGUGCCAACGUUCUUAUUUUCGUUUACAAUGAUUGCGGUAUGUCCCAUCUUGUAUCUAGGAUACAAGUUUGUCAACAAGACAAAACUGCAUCGCUCAGAUGAGAUCGACUUGGUAAAGAAUGUCGAUGAAAUUGAAGAGUACCAAAGGACAUAUGUUCCCAGCCCCCCAAAGAACGCCUUUGACAGGGUGCUGGAUCGGUUGUUUGGAUAG